UUUCCAGCCGGGCAAAACUCCUCCGAGUUUUUCUUGGCGGUGGAACCGCUAAGCAGGGCUCCUGUCUCCGUAUUGUCGGCUUUCCCUAGCAACUCGGCUAUUUUUUGUUUUCUUUUCUUUCUUUGUUGUUAUUGGUGUUGUUGACGGGUGUUAUUGUCGGUCCUGCUCUUUCACUGGGCUGUCCAGAGCGCUCCUCUUUCCGCUUGGUACUUUUCUUUGCCGCUGAGCAAUAAACAGGUUCCGUCCGAAAGGCCAAAGCGUCGGUACCUGGGGCUCCCGUUUAUUUCAAGGCAUUUUCCUUAAGCCUUGAAAAUGUCCCGUUCCGUUCCUUGAACUUUUCAUACUCUGAUUAUGGCGGGUAUCAUAGAUGGGAUUUGCAUGAAGCGAAAGAGGGCAUCUACAUCCCAUUAUAGGCAUCGAGGCAGGGACGCAUGUCGGCGUUAAUUCUAAGAGAAAUUGUAGCCACCCGGACUGUCUUCGGGAUUAAAUUGACAUUUUCUUUAAAACGUAAUAGUUAGAAAGUGAAAUAUUUUUUUUUUUUAAACUAACUGGUUUUAUAUCUGGUGUCAUUGAAACAUUUUCGUUGCUGGUAUCACCAAAAUUGUCGGCGGCGCUACGCAUAGGUUCCACUUAAUUUUCCAAAUGUCCCUCUUUUCUCUCCCCCGACACAGAAAAAGUGUGAAUAUUUAUAACUGAAUGCACGCAAUGCAUAACUUGUUAGGGUUCUUAAUAAAUAUAUAUAGGCAAAUAGGAAAAUACUGUGUUGAACAAGGGACAGCAUCUGAAAACAGAUAAUUUUUCUACUGCAAACAUUUCCUGUCAAGUCACUUUAAACAGCAUGCAUUUCCUACUCCUUUUUUAACCUUGAUUUUGGAAAUACAGUAAAAGCUGAGACAGAAGAAAUGAGUGAUUCACAAGUGGCUUCUUCAAAAGAAUUCCCAACAGAGUUUACACAAAAAAUAUCAUUUCAGCAACAAUAACAGAAGACAGCAGAAUAAAAGGAGUGCAGAAAACCUACUCUGUAACACAUUACAAAAAUUACAUCGGGCUACUCUUUGUGUAUAAGCGGUGUCUCUGAAAUUAAAAUACACGAUCCUUCUUAACUGUUUGACAAAGUUUAAUUAGUUUCUUCACAAACAUUAUUGAAGAGGUCGAUUUCUAAGGCUGACAUAAAUUAUGACAUAGUAGUAUGAAGAAUGUAUUCCUGGACUAGGCAAAAAAAAACAAAAACAAAACAAAAAAAGAGGCAAGAUCAUAAUAGAUGAAAUAAAGAAAGAAAACUGCUUGAAAUGUUAGCUAUUUUGGAACAGUUCCCCUUCCUACUCGCAAAGUAUCCUGGUAUUUUAUUACAGUGAUUAACCACGAUGGUGAUAUUUUGAAAUAAAUUCUAAAUUUCUGGACAUUUGCAAAUUAAGAACUAAAAUAUUAGGUUAAUAUCUGAACAAUUUGCGGUAAUAAUGAGGCCUAAUGAGGUUGCUAGAAAGAUAAAAUGUUAUUUACCAAAACACCUGAUGGGAUAAUUUGACUUGCUGUGUUUUACUACUGAUGAUAAAAAGAAUAUUGAUUGCAAAUAAAUCACCGUCUCUAAACGCUUGUAAACAACUUGUGUUUGCUCUGGCCGGAUCAAAGUAAAACUUAUGAGAUAAAGUGUCUACGUAUCCAUAUUCUACAAUGCAUGGAUCAGUUUUCAUUCCCGAGUUUAAAGCCUGUUCUAAGAGUUAGAAGUUAAUGUUUUACUCCAGAAUCUUGGUGUAUGAUUUGGGGAGCGGGGAUGGAGCUGUUGGCAUGUGUAUGCAAAGUCUUUCACAUUAUAAGUCCCUUCGUACUGAAGUUGUGCAUUCAUUCCCCCCAGCCUCAUCUCAUUAGGAGCAAGAAUGGUCUGCAUGCAUUUCUAACAUCCUCCUGGAUACUUUGCAGAUAAAUGCGGCGCUGUGCGCGGGCAUUAGUUGGUAACUGCGGUGUAGUAUCUGUUCUAUGUGCCUGAUAAUUUCAAGGGCACAGUAAAUUUUCUUGCUGAGGUGAAGGCAAAGUUGCUGUGUUUCCAUCGUUUGGUCUGCUUUGGUUUGGUUUGAGGAGAAAAUACUCAUAAUGUCUGUCAGAGCCCCGCUUAGCACCUCUUUUUCCUUUCCCUGCAAGAAGGGGGAAUGAUUUGGGAACACCUCUCUGUGUGACCUAAAUGUGAAGAGCCUGGAACGGGCAGGGCCGAAUUCGGCUGUGAAGACCCUUUGCACCGCUGAAAGGCGUAUUCCGGCUCCCGGAGUAGCCUAUUCAGGUCUGUUAGAGACGCUAACGAGAUAAUUGAUGUGCUUUUUCCUCUCCGCUUGUCUGAAUGUGUUGCAGGGCUCCCAGUACGAGCUGAAAGAUAAUCCGGGUGUCCACCCUGCUACCUUUGCUGCCCACACUGCCCCCGCCUAUUAUCCCUACGGACAAUUCCAAUACGGGGACCCGGGGCGGCCCAAAAAUGCCACCCGGGAGAGCACCAGCACGCUGAAGGCCUGGCUCAAUGAGCACCGCAAGAACCCCUACCCCACCAAGGGCGAGAAGAUCAUGCUGGCCAUCAUCACCAAGAUGACCCUCACCCAGGUCUCCACCUGGUUCGCCAACGCCCGCCGGCGGCUCAAGAAGGAGAACAAGGUGACCUGGGGCUCCAGGAGUAAGGACCAAGAAGAUGCAAAUCUCUUCGGGAGUGACAAUGAGGGGGACCCCGAGAAGAAUGAAGAUGAUGAGGAAAUUGACCUGGAGAGCAUAGAUAUAGAUAAAAUUGAUGAGAAUGAUGGGGAGCAGAGCAAUGAGGAAGAGGAGGAGAAGCCUGAGCUCCUGAGACAAAGCAGCGAAGAGGAGCACUUGGAAAAGGAGAAGGAUUUGGCACUGUCAGGGUCUGAAGGGCUGAAACCCAAAGACACGCUGGCCAUGGUGAAGGAGGCCUCUGACAAUAGCACGAGAAUCAUCAGUCCUGGGGGACCGAACAAUUCACAGAUGCCAUCUCACAGCAAACCCAAGAUUUGGUCUUUGGCAGAGACAGCAACGAGUCCUGAUGGUGCCCUGAAAUCUUCUCCUCCUCCGCCCCCUCCUCCCCAGGUUAACCACACUUCUCCUCAGAUUCAGCAUCCCGCUUUUCUCCCUAGCCAUGGACUCUACACAUGCCAGAUUGGCAAAUUUCACAACUGGACAAAUGGGGCUUUCCUCACUCAGAGUUCCCUUCUAAAUGUGAGGUCCUUUUUGGGAGUAAAUCACCACCAUGCUGCUCAUCACAAUCACCACCUCCAGGCCCAGCAACAAUCUUCUGUUUUAACAGCAACCCUGGGAGCGCUAAGCAGCGACAAACCUUCAGAGAGGACCAGUCCCAAACACAUAGAAAGAGAAAAUGUACCAAGAACUGACUCCCCACCCCAGCCGCUAAAAUCGCCCUUCCAGCCUGUCCGUGACAACUCUUUGGCUCAGCAAGAGGGAACGCCGAGAAUUUUAACAGCUCUCCCUUCUGCUUGAUUAAAUGAUUUGGUGAAAAAAUAUUACAGAGACUGGUAUUAAGGACAGAGAGAGUGAAAAAAAAGGAAACGGUAUAAACGACUCCCAUCAAUCUCUUUUUGCAAUAAGGUGGUGCAAAUCCAUAAAAGCAUUACACAAAUCUGUAGAUGGAUCCCCUUCCUCAUUGUACCAUUUCAGAUCGUGUUAUUCUAACCAUUCUUGGAUUAUUUGUUUGGUAAAUGUUUCCCAUGUGUUUGUGGUUUUCUUUUUUCUGUAUAUAGAGUGAUUUCAGUUUGUAAAUAACACGUCAGCAAAACUUGUCUAAAUCAUAUAUUUUUGUCUAAUAAACUAAAUGAAAUUA